AUGGGGGUCAAAAUUCGAGUAGGCUCCUGGAACGUGUAUAAUGACGCCUGGCACUCCCUUCGCGAAGCGGCAGAGGGGAUAUCCCCCGCGCGUUUUAAGAGUGCCUCCCGACUGAGGUUUCUCGGCGAAAGGUUUAAGUGCACUCGCUUCGACGUCAUGUGCCUGCAGGAGGUAUCCCCAGCGAUGAUCUCACACCUGCAGAAACACUGUGCCUAUAACGACUUGACGUUGGUGGCGCCCCCGCAAAGUGCCCUCACGCCAAACAGCAACAACUGCUGCGUCUUAUUUGACCAAAAAUUCAAACUGGUUGCUAAAAAGCAUUUUAAUCUCAGCGAGGCGGUGUCGACCCACCUGGUGGGUUGCGCUCACCAGGGUGAAAGUGACAUCGAAGACGCAUUCGCUAAGGAGCUCAGAAUGAGGAACAGUUCCGCCACGAUGCUUCUCCUGGAGCUGCCCCAAGUAGGCACAAAAAUCUUCCUAACUGUCUGCAACUGCCACAUCCACUGGGACCCCGCGUAUGCCGACGUGAAGGCGUUCCACAGCUACUUCAUCGUUGAGGAGCUCUCCCAGUUUGUUCGCUCCGCUCUGGGGUGGUUCCCCUUCGUCCCUCAGCUGCUGGUGGGGGAUUUCAAUUCUACUCCCCGUUUGGUAGGCUGCUCCCCUCAAACCAUCGCUGCACCCCCCUCUCAGCACAGUGAAGGACCCCCCGCGGACGGCCAACUCAGCGGAGUGUACGAACUUAUAACCACGGGAAGGCUGUCCACGAAGCACCCACACCAUCCGGCGCAGCUUCGGAAAGACGAAGCCUUCCUAAAGUACCCAGACCUUUGCGUGGAUCCGUUCCAAAGCGCCUUUAAGGAGGUGAACGGAGCCGAACCCGCAUUCACCAACAAAACGGAAGCGUUCUCUGGGUGUAUAGAUUUUAUUUUCUUUAAAGGACUUAUCCCCCUGUCGGCCCAAACUGUUCCUGGAGACCUGGGAAAAGGGGAAGUACUCCCCAAUGGGAAGAUCCCCUCGGACCAUCUCCUCCUGGUGUCUGAAUUUUUCCUCGUUUGA